CGCUCCUGCUCAUCUCGGAGCUGCUGGAUACGGCUCAUAGAUGAAAACCACCCCGGAGAGAGUCGGUCUCUGUCGGACAAGGAGCCCGUCAGUCUGCGGCGCACGGCGGAACACCACCGGCGACCAUGUCGGACAUCUCCACUGAUUUUAACAACGACACGCUGCCGGCGGCCGCGGUCACGGACUUCAACUUCCCCGCGCUCAUAUUCGGGAUUUUACUGAUUGUGAUCAUCACUGGUGGAAACGUGCUCGUGUGCCUCAGCGUGUACCUGGAGAAGGCUUUAAAAACCACCACCAACUACUUCAUAGUCAGUCUGGCGUUCGCAGACCUGCUGCUGGCGGUGCUGGUGCUGCCGCUCUUCGUUUACGCAGAGUUUCAGGGUGGAGUUUGGUCCUUGAACAUGCUGAUGUGUGACGGCCUGAUGACCAUGGAUGUGAUGCUGUGCACCGCCUCUAUAUUCAACCUGUGCGCCAUCAGUGUGGACAGGUUCAUUGCCGUGUCCAUCCCUCUGAACUACAACCGUAAACAUGUGGACCACCGUCAGCUCAUCCUGCUGUCGGCCACCUGGCUGCUGGCCCUGGCCGUGGCCUCGCCGGUCAUCUUUGGCAUCAACAACGUGCCUGACCGCGACCCCAGCGAGUGCAAACUGGAGGACAACAACUACGUGGUUUACUCUUCAGUCUGCUCCUUCUUCAUCCCCUGCCCCAUCAUGGUCCUACUCUACUUCGGGGUUUUCCGCGGCCUACGGCACUGGGAGGAGGCCCGUAAGGUCAAACUGCGCAGCAGCAUCGAGGCCUGCAGGAAGCUGCAGCACGCCGCUGUCGCCACCGCCCUCCCCCCGCUGACGGGCACCAUCCCCGGGCCUCUGCCCAUGCCUCUACCCAGGAUCAUCGAGAGGGACUUGGCCCAGUCUCGGCUAGACGAUACGGGCGACUACAUACAGCAGGAGAUUCCUUAUCCUCGGCAGUACAGAGAGAACUCUGUGCCCACGGUGACGUUCAGUCAGCAGCAGCACAGGAAGAAGAGAGCCAAGAUCAACAGCAGGGAGAGGAAAGCUAUGAAGGUGCUACCUGUCGUAGUAGGUUGCUUCCUGUUCUGCUGGACUCCGUUCUUCGUGGUGCACACGACGCGAGCCGUCUGUCUGACGUGCAACAUCCCUCCCAGUCUGAUGAGCACUGUCACCUGGCUGGGCUACGUCAACAGCGCUCUCAACCCCAUCAUCUACACCAUCUUCAACACAGAGUUCAAGAAGUUCUUCAAGAAGUGUUUCCGCAGCUGCUGCUGA